ACCGCGCCCCACGGCAGUUGCCCUCCGUGAAUUUACUGAGGCGAUCGGUUCGCGUUGUCCUGAUUUCUUUUUAUCAUUCACGACGGGUCAGCCAACAUCAAAACCGGGUGUUAGCAGGCGUAGAAACUCUGCAUUUAUAAUGGAUCAAUCGAAAAGGGCAGCCAUACGUAAGGAGCUGAUAAAACAAUUCCUGGCGGAAUUGGGUGUACAGGUGGAACCGGAAGUAAAUGCUGACGAAGACCUGGAAUACUUAUCUGCUUCGCCGGUACAGCGAGAAGCCGAUUCGACUGAGGUCAGACAAGUUAGUGAAUACAUUAAGAAAAUCAAGACUUUAUUUAUGGAAGACCGCACAACAUCCGAGUUCCGAAGCUUAAAACGCAGCAGAUUGACAUCAUCAUCUGAUGAUGAAGAAGAAUAUCUUCAACAGCAGACAAAGAGGCGGAAGAAGCAAAGACGCCGCUUCUUGACUGCUAGAUCUACUAAUUCUACUAUGCCUGUUGUAGUCACGGAGGUGAACGAUCGUCCAUUACCAUCUCGUUCAAACCAUUAAGAGAGAACAAGAAUUUUGACCUACCAGAUAGGGGUUCACACCUUGAUACUUUAUUGAUGUAGCUAUAUACGGUUUUAAUUUAAAAUUAGCAAUAGACCGCCAAAUGUUACGAUACCGUUCUUGACGUUCUUUUAAAAAGUAAGCUGGUGUUUGGUGUCGUUUGUUGAAAGUUGUUUAAGUUACUAGACAUUUCAUUAUUUAGUUCAUGACAUGCGUAUUUACAAAUCGGUAUGAUAAAAAACGUAAAACGAGCAAAUUUUGUGUGAAUCCCUUGGGGUAGAAUUUUUCUAUUUUACCGCUCACCGUUAAGUUCAACAAGAAUUUGUGUUAUUUCAAUAAUAAUAAUUAAGACCCUAUUGAAUUUUAUAAUUGAGUUGAAAGUAUAUGAAAGUAUAUAAGUUUAAAUAACUUAAACGAAAAACAAUGUAUUUAAAAAUCACAUUAAAAGAAUAUUGUGCACUAAGAGGGAAGGCAUACCAUUUCAUUCCAACGUACGUAUCAUCAUUGUAAGGAUCCCUGAAGACUGAAGAUAGUUAAACUUGUAUUUUAUAUGUAUAUGUACAGUGUUUACGGGUGACAUGAUCUACUUCUGUGCGGGCUUUGUAAUUGAGUGGAAAAACAAUAGAUUUUUCCUACCUCACCCUAGUAUAAAAAAUACCAUUUUCACAUCAUAGGAAAACAAUUUAUGUAAUCAACGUAAAUAACACCUUAGCCGGAAACCUCAUACAAUUUUGUAAAAAUUUACUUUAAAUGGAAUUCAAACAUUUUAUUUCAAUUUCUACAAUAUCAUAAACAAACAAACAAACACGUUUCAGUAAUGUAGACAAUUAACAACACCCUCAAGUGUCGACAACUCUGUAGAACGACCAACGAAAAUGUUAACAGUAAUAAUAGAACAUUGUUACCCAAUUGAGUAUAAGUAUUUUCAUCCGUGCGGUCCGUGCGCAUCUUUAAAUAAUAUACAGAAAGGAAGAAGAAGCAUUUAUUCGACUGUAAUACGAUAUCUGGUAACACCAAUUUAAGGGCAUGUAAUCUAUUGACAUGUUUUUCUAUAGUCAUUUACUAAUCGUACAAAUCUGUAAUUGGCUUUUUGUCACAAAUCACAUUCUUCCUAUUCAAAUUGUAUGGCUGUUGAUUUUCCAAGGGAAUAAAUAAUGUAAAGGGAAGUGUCAUGUCACCAAUUACCUUGCAUAUAAUUUGUAAAAGCAGCGCAACGCUGUAUACUUUUAAACGAGUGUGUGUAUGUAGGUAACUAUGUGUGGGACUAAAAGUAAUUUAGGAUUUAAUAUCACGGCGGUAUAGGUGUUACUUAUUAGGAAUGAAAAGGCUGAUUUUUUGGAAUGAACGAAUUAACAUUUAAAUUGGAUGGAUAAUAUACUCAAAUCAACCGCUGAAACGUACGGCUUUGUGAGUGAAGUAAUUGAAGUACAUAUAAUGUAACUGAAUAUACGCAAUACCUUGCUGUCGCUAGUUUAGACGACGGAAAUGAGGAUUAAAAAGAAAUUCAUUAAAAAUAUUCUGAGUUUUUCAUACAAAUUGAAGCUUAAAUAGCCACAAUUUCCAUGGAAACAGCAAAACCUUUAUAAAUUUACAAAAAUAUUAAACUAAUGUUUCCUUUCAUGCACCAGUUAGUUUUGCUUGUUACAUAAAACAAUAAUAUAUUGGUUGUCUAUAAGUAUUGGUGCCGUAGAUACUAAAACGUUGUAGCAUUUGUGGAAGUCUGAAGAGAAGAUACUUCAACAUGCUUGACAGGAUGAAUUGAUUUUUAAAAUAAAUUUAUUUUAUCAUGAAAUGUAACUUUUGACACGCAUUAAUUCAAAUGUUGAAAGAUCGUUUUAGACAGGACGAAAAUGUGAACUUUUUUGAGUCUGGUGUCUGUUACAAGUUAUCGAUUAAUAUCAGAUAUAACCAAAUAAUUAUUUUAAAAAUCGGUCGCAUAGGUGUAUGUAGCUAAUAACUAAACACACAUAUAAUUAAUGAAAAAGUUUUUUGUGUCAAUAACUUAAAACAAAAAUUGCAUACGUUGAUGCAGCAAUUUGAUUGUAAAAUGAAGCACAAUCUAAUAAAUAAUAAUCUUGCUCAGUUUAUUAUUACAUUUUAAGUUUAAAAGUGAGUGUUUCUAAUGAGUUAACAUCUUAAUUCUCUUUACCAGUAAGUAGCUAUAGAUCAGCGAUGACUUAAGGACUUAGAUUGUAGAUCAGUUUAUCAGAUGUAAUAAUAUAUUUUAUUAGUAUGUGCUCUGUACUGAGUGCUUUUUUCUUUCGAUGUGUGUAGUGAUGUAAAACAGUAGUUUUCACUAAUAUACUAAUAUAUUUAUUAUGAUAAGAAAUAUUAACAUAUUUCAUCAAACCUCUCAAAUGAUAAGUCCAGUCUUUUCUUAACAUAAUAUUGGUCGAGUCAUAAGUGUUGUUCCUUAAUUAUUGUAUCAGCUGAUUUCUUUGCAUAGCUUACCCUGAUAUUGCGCUAAAAACAUGUCUUAACAUACCACAAUAAAAAUUGUGACUGGCAAAAUACGAUGUAGAAGGGUAUACUAGUAUGUCAGGAAUUAUCACAUUUUACUAGAGAGAAUGCAGGGGUAUGAUUGUAUUUCUUAAAAGGGGCUUUUUUAUGCCUACCUAAAUUUCAACUAUUUUUGUGUAAUAAAACAAUUAUAACAAUCUCAUUAAUGGCCUUUCUUACUUUUUUACACUUGAUAGGAUGACGUUUGAAGUAUACUCUUAUGUAUUUAUAUAAAA